UUUAAUUCUGCUUUCUCCUCCCACCGCGACUGAAAACCUAAACGCGCUAACAACCGGCAUCGGCUCCCAUGGCAACUCCCCGCCCCUCCUCACCGGCGACGAGGCCCCUCGAAAUAGAGAUCACCGUUGUCUCUGCUAAACACCUGAAGAACGUCAAUUGGCGCCACGGUGAUCUCAAACCUUAUGCUGUUGCCUACCUAGACCCUGAGCGUCGAUCUGCCACCAAACCCGACGACGCUGGGUCUACGCGUCCCGUAUGGAACGAGCGCCUUGUUCUCCCCCUUCCGCCUUCUCUCCACCAUGGCUCGCCCCUAUUUCUAACCCUAGACAUAUUCCAUUCCAAGCCCUCGGAAACUCCCAAACCCCUCGUCGGAACUGCGAGGUCACCGCUGAGUGAUCUCAUCGAUCUCGAAGAUCCCUCCGGAACCCCCACUCCGAUCCGCUCGCUCGAGCUUCAGCGCCCCUCUGGUCGCAACCAAGGCAAAAUCCGUAUUAAGCUGGCCAUUCGCGAGCGCCCCUGCGCGCCGGAGCCUAAUUAUUCAAUACCCCAUCCUCCUCCUUCCAGUUACUAUUACUCCGCCCCUCUUCCGCCCCUUCGCAACUACCGCUCCUUCCCUUCUCCUUCUCCAUACAACCACGCUAUCCCGCCGCCUCCAUCGCAGUAUCCUUAUGGUAAUUACUCCGAUCCGUACUCUGGAUACUACCCGCCUGCUUCGGCAUACUACUCUGCCCCUCCUGCUCCGGCGGCAGUUGCUCUGCCGGCUAGGCCGUCUUACUACGAUAGGGCAUCUAGCUAUGGGUUAGGUCCUUCAGCUCCUGUGGAUUACUCCUCCGUGGCUUCGUAUGAACAGAAGCAGAAAGGGGGGAACAUGGGAUUUGGGGCUGGAUUAGCAGUUGGUGCUGUGGCGGGGUCUUUGGGAGCACUGGCGCUGGAAGAAGGGUUGAAGCACGAGGAAGGAAAAAUUACAGAAAGGGUCGAGAGUGAUCUGGCUACCAGGGAGGACUACAAUGACUAUCGUUCGGACUACUGAGAAGGUACCUGCUUUUUUCAAGCUUUCAAUGUUGCUAUAAGUUCGGUGAUCAAGGAGGUAAGUUUGAAUCAAGUUGCUCGAGUUCACAUGAAAUUGUUUCAAAUUCAAGUCUAAUAUGUAAAUAGCCCUUUGUUGCCAACUUCAUUUUUAUGCCAAUGUUGUAUGGAUCUUUGAUUGUGUUCUUUUGUUAUGCAAAUUUUUAUAUAUUUAAGAUGAUGGUGGCUCUAGGUAAUUUAUAACUUCUCUCCGGAAAUGCUCUUGGAUUCUGUGUU